UUGCAGUUUUAAAAUCUGAUCUGUUUGUUUGUGUAUGCCUUCGCAGGCUGUCAGGCUGUCUUAUCACAAAGACAGGCUGUGCCUCUCUGGCCUCUGCCUUGAGAUCCAACCCCUCCCAUCUGAGAGAGCUGGACCUGAGCUACAAUCAUCCAGAAGACUCAGGAAUGAAGAUGCUUUCCAGUUUCAAGGAUGAUCCAAGCUUGAGCCUGGAAACUCUCAGGGUGGACCAUGGUGGAAGGCAAAUGUUGGAAACUGGUCUGAGAAAAUAUGCCUGUGAACUCAGUCUGGAUCCAAACACAGCACACAGAAAACUCAGACUCUCUCACGACUACAAGAACGUGACAGCGGGCAGUGACAUUCAGGGGAAUCCUAAUCAUCCAGAGAGAUUUGACUACUGGAGACAGCUGCUGUGUGCCAGUGGUCUGACUGGUUGCUGUUACCGGGAGGUUGAGUGGAGAGGAAAGGUUCAUAUCGCAGUGGCGUACAAAGAAAUCAGAAGGAAAGGAGACAGUGACGACUGCUGUCUUGGAAAAAAUGAUCAGUCCUGGAGUCUGAAGUGCUCUGGUAGUGCUUACUCUGCCCUGCACAGUAACCAAAGCGUGUCCAUCCACAUCCCACCUUUAAACAGAGUGGGAGUGUACCUGGACUGGCCUGGUGGUACUGUGUCCUUCUACAAUGCGAUCUGUGGAGAGCUGACCCAUCUCCACACCUUCCAUGCCAGAUUCACCGAGCCAGUCUAUCCUGCCUUCAGGGUUAAGAUUGGGCUGUUCAGCUCAUCAGUGUCUUUGUGCCAGAUAUAG